UAUACGAGUUAUUCAGAGAAGGCAAUGGAAGGACCAAGUAUGGUUUAUUCCAAAGCUGUAGUGGCAGUACUGCUGUUGUUCAUGAUCAUGUUGGUCCUUGGUCUCUUAUCAGUCCCAGCAGUGGCUUCAAGAAAGCUACUGGAGUUUGUAGCAAUACCUGAUGACCAGCCUCAUGGAGGACAUUAUCCAGGUGGAGGCUGAAGAGGCUUGCUGCACAAAGAUCGGAGUUUGCCUUGGUCGCGUUUACUUUUGUUGCAAUAAGUUUCAUGAACCAUAUGUGUUUCUACGACUGUACUUAUGGGGUCCGGAUAGUAUAACAACAGCCUUGUUGUUGUUAUAGUAACAACAGAAUUCAUUAAGGGCAAAAAAGUAAACUAACAUACAAA